AUGUCGAGUCUGCUAGAUACCAUCCUCAGCGGCCCUCCCGGCCCAGGGGCAGCCAGACGAGGAAUGCCGCAGUCCGAUCUCCCUCCCCCAAGCUCGCGGCCCAACAUCCCUUCCGAAAGCAAUGGGCAAAUGAGCGAAGCACCUGAAUUUGCGGAUGACCAAAUCCCGGAGUCGAUGCCCCGGCGACCCCGCCAUCCAAUGUAUGGUAGAGGCCCGCCGACCUUCCGUGACGUUGCUGGAGAAAAGGUGCAACAAGCAUUUGAGGAGCUACUGGAGACACACAUGGAGGAUCCUACGACCUUCGGCGCUCCUCCGUCUUCCGAGAUGCUGAGCGACAAGUACUACGUUUCCCAGAUACACGGAAUGGCGAAGCUACAGUUGUCAACACUCUAUGUUGAUUUCACGCACUUGACCUCCAACCAAGUUCUAGCGGAUGCUAUUGCGAAUCAGUAUUAUCGUUUCCAACCGUACCUAACCAAAUCCUUGCAUAAUUUGAUUGCGAAAUACGAACCACAAUACUUCAGAGAACAUCGGCAACUUGCAAGCCAUUCGUCCCAAGCCAGCACAUCAGCAAUGGCCGUAGACAGUACGGAACCAGACCCUCUUUCCGAAAAGACGCGAUACCAGCAAACAGACAAAGUGUUUUCUUUGGCAUUUUACAAUCUUCCCCUCGUCUCCAGACUGCGCCAGCUACGCACACUGCAGAUUGGAAAAUUACUUUCAAUAUCUGGAACUGUCACAAGGACAUCAGAAGUCCGUCCGGAACUUGCAAUGGGAACAUUCAAUUGUGAAAGCUGCAAUAUGCUAUGUCCUGAUAUCGAACAAAGCUUCAAAUAUACUGAACCAGCGCUGUGCCCGAACCCCACAUGUGGCAACCGUAUUGGCUGGCGCCUAGAUAUUCGCCGAAGCACGUUCGUUGACUGGCAGAAGGUUAAGCUACAAGAAUCCUCUCACGAAAUCCCCACGGGCAGUAUGCCACGUACCAUGGAUGUGAUUCUGCGUGGAGAAAUGGUGGACCGUGCAAAGGCCGGCGAGCGGUGUAUUUUCACAGGCACACUGAUCGUCAUUCCAGACGUCACCCAGCUAGGACUUCCUGGAGUGCGUCCGGAAGCGUCGAGAGACUAUGGCAAUUCAAGGGGUGGCGACAUGGGAGGUGGAGUGACUGGCCUCAAGUCUUUGGGGGUCCGUGAUCUCACGUAUCGCCUAGCAUUUCUGGCGUGUAUGGUAACACCGGAUUUGACGACUCCUGGUCAAUCCACAAGUCAGAACCUUACUGGUGAUUCUCGGAACAUCCUCGCCUCUUUGAACCAGGUGGAGCUCCCUGAAGAAAUUGAAGAUAUGGCUCAAGAGCGUCUCCUCCAGACUCUUACACCUAAAGAAGUUGAAGAUCUAAGGAUGCUCGUGCAUACGGAACAUAUUUUUGCUAAACUGGUAGAUUCUAUUGCGCCUAUGAUCUACGGCCACCAGUCGAUUAAGAAAGGACUCCUCCUGCAAUUGGUGGGUGGUGUGACAAAGAAAACGGUUGCAGAAGGAAUGCAACUCCGCGGUGAUAUAAAUGUUUGUAUUGUAGGCGACCCUUCGACAAGCAAAAGCCAGUUUCUAAAGUACAUUUGCUCUCUCCACCCUCGCGCGGUAUACACUAGUGGUAAAGCGUCUUCUGCUGCGGGUUUGACUGCUUCAGUGGUGAAGGACCCGGAAACGGGCGAAUUCACGAUUGAAGCCGGUGCUUUGAUGCUUGCAAAUGGUGGAGGUAUUUGUGCUAUCGAUGAAUUUGACAAGAUGGACAUCAGUGACCAGGUCGCCAUUCACGAAGCUAUGGAACAGCAGACGAUUUCCAUAGCAAAAGCAGGCAUUCACACUACGCUCAACGCCCGUGCGAGUAUCCUCGCUGCUGCCAACCCUGUGGGUGGGAGAUAUAAUCCAAAAGCUACCCUUCGAGCCAAUCUCAACUUCAGUGCCCCUAUUAUGAGCAGAUUCGAUCUUUUCUUUGUUAUUCGUGACGAUCCCAACGAAGCUGUGGAUAGAAAUUUAGCGGAUCACAUUGUCAACGUGCAUAUGAACCGAGACGAAGCCGUGGAGCCGGAAAUUCCCACAGAAUUGUUGCAGAGUUAUAUUAGAUUUGCACGAACAUUCAGACCUGUCUUCACCCCUGAAGCUAAGGAAUUAGUGGUGGAAAAAUAUAAAGAGCUUCGCAGUGAUGAUGCCCAAGGUGGCAUCGGACGAAGUAGCUACCGAAUCACUGUUCGUCAGCUAGAGAGUUUGAUUCGUCUGUCAGAAGCUGUUGCCAAAGCGAAUUGCGUCGAAGAAGUGGUUCCUAGUUUUGUACUAGAGGCGUAUAACCUUCUCCGGCAGAGUAUUGUUACUGUCGAGAAGGAUGAUGUUGAAGUUGAUGAUGAAGCGACGGGCGGAAACGUGGACCACGAAAUGAAUGGUGUCGAUGAAGAACAACGUGACAAUGAAGGAGAUACUGCAAUGGGUACUGGCGAAAAUGAUGCCGCUAAUGCCAACGGCGCUGCUCAAAAUGGACAGCCCCAGAAGACAAAGAUUACGUAUGAGAAGUAUAUGAAGAUUCUUAAUAUCUUAGUUCGACGGGUCAACGAUGACGAAGCGAACUCUGGCAACGGGGUGGAGGAAGAGGAUUUGAAAGUUUGGUACUUAGAACAGAUUGAGUCUGAACUCAAUAGUGAAGAAGAUAUUGAGCAUGAAAGGUUGCUAGUGACCAAGGUUCUCAAACGGAUAGUAAAGGAUAAUAUCCUUAUGCCCAUCCGGGGAGAAGGUCUUGUUGAUGCGAGUGAUGAUACCCAAAGUACCUCUCUGCAGCGGGUGGUUUACGUCUUACACCCAAAUUGUGCCGUUGAAGAAAUGUAG